AGAAAUGGUUAAGAACAGUAACUACUGUUAAUUUGUUAAGGUGUCUUUUGAACAAGGACAGGCGAUCGGGCUGCUAAGAUGGAUCUUUUAAUGCCCGGAAGGUGUAAACUAGACUGUAUGGACUCUGAAUUAUCAAGUUCUCUCUCCAGCAUGUCAGUGACCCCAUCUAGCCCAGGUACCUCUGGUCGACCUCCCCACCCCGCCGCCCCCGGGCCCCUCCAGGCCCCUCUCGGCCCUGUCUUGGUCCAGUUCCAGCUAGGCCUCUUCAGGGAGGUGGUAUGGGUGCAUGGAGGACAGCUCAGCUUUCGCCACGCCAAGAGACUGGCGGCAGAGAUCAUAGAACGCAAGGCUCCAGAAUGCAGUGUGGUAGGUGUAGGGGAGAAGGUCCUCCUGUUCAGACACCAGCCUGGCUCAGAACCCCUCCUCCACAGACUCACGGACCAGGAUGCACUGCAGGAUGGCGACCAAAUAGAGGUCAUCCUCUCAGGAUCAGCUGCUGUGACAGAGAUGAAGAUCCGCCCACACUCCCUGGCUGUCCAAUCAUAUCGCACCCCCACCUUCUGUCACCACUGUGGGGAGAUGCUGUGGGGACUGGUACGUCAAGGGUUAAAAUGUGAAGGUUGUGGGUUAGACUUCCAUAAGCGCUGUGCGCUGCAGUUGCCUAAUGACUGUAGCCGUGCGCGGCGUCGUGUGUGUGGCCCCAGCCUGUCCCUGUUCCCCCCUGGCAGGCCCCGGACGCACUCCCUCUCCACACCUGCAGGUGGCAGUCUAGAGGAGAUCAGUAUGUCCAAGCCCAGGUCCAGACCCCCGUCAUGGACAGAUCACCAGGUGUGGCUUGGGGUGGGCCAGGGAAAGGGUGGUGAGGCGGGCAGGGCUAGGGUGCCCCACACCUUCCACAUCCACAGCUACACCAAGCCCACCGUGUGCCAACACUGCCGCCACCUCCUCAAAGGCCUCUUCCGCCAGGGCCUACAGUGCUCUGACUGUAAGCUGAACUGCCAUCGUCGCUGUGAGUCCUCCCUGGUCCCCUCUGACUGUCCUGGAGAGAGGAUGAACACCAAUGGGGAAGGAGACUCAGUGUCCAGUCUCGGCUACAAGAACGAAACAGAGGACGAUGAGGAGGAUAUGAGCUUGAGUAUAACAUCACUAGAAGACUAUGACGACAAGCCAUCUACUGAGGACCCAUUUGCUGAGAACAAGCCACCAAUCAUUCCGUGUUUCAGUAGUUACAUUCCUCUAAUGCGGGUAGUCCAGUCUGUCCGUCACACUAAAAGACGGGCCAGUGGAGUACUGAGAGAGGGCUGGCUACUGCAUCACACCAACACUGACACACUGAGGAAACGUCAUUACUGGAUAUUGGACUGGAAGAGUAUCACUCUGUACCAGAACGAGAGCAACACCAAGUACUACAAGGAGCUUCCUCUUUCUGAGGUGCUGCAGGUACUAGGCCCCGCCCAGCUGUCUGUCCCCUUGUUGCCAGGCAACAGUGCCCACUCCUUCGAAGUGGUGACGGGCACGCUGGUAUACUGUGUGUUGGCGGGCAGCGACGGACAGGCCUGGGAGACCGCCUUACGCCAGGCUCUGAUGCCCCUACAGAACAGCGGGCAGGUGGGCAAACAGGGACAAGACCAUGGACCCCAGAAUGGAAAAAUACCGGAUGUCAGCUCAGUGUAUCAGAUCUUCACUGAUGAGGUGCUGGGUUCAGGACAGUUCGGAGUGGUGUAUGGAGGCACCCACAGACAGUCUGGUCGGCCAGUGGCCAUCAAGGUCAUCGACAAAACCCGUUUCCCUACCAAACAGGAGAGACAGUUGAGGAACGAGCAGGCAAUUCUACAGAAUCUGUCCCACCUCGGUAUAGUUCUACUGAAGGGCAUGUUUGAGACCAUGGAACACGUCUUCAUUGUCAUGGAGAAGCUCCAUGGCGAUAUGCUGGAGAUGAUUCUGUCCAAUGAGAAGGGCCGACUGCCAGAGCGCACCACACGCUUCUUGGUUACACAGAUUCUAGAGGCCCUGCGAUACCUGCAUUUCAAACACAUCGCUCACUGUGACCUGAAACCUGAGAAUGUACUGCUGGCCUCCCCAGACCCCUUCCCUCAGGUAAAGCUGUGUGACUUUGGUUUUGCCCGCAUCAUCGGCGAGAAGUCAUUCCGCCGGUCGGUUGUGGGCACGCCGGCCUACCUGGCACCCGAGGUCAUCAGUAGCCAUGGUUACAACCGCUCGCUGGACAUGUGGGCGGUGGGUGUGGUCCUGUACGUCAGCCUGAGCGGAACAUUCCCCUUCAACGAAGAUGAGGACAUCAGACAACAGAUCACCAACGCUGCCUUCAUGUACCCUCGCCUGCCCUGGUCUAACAUCUCACUAGAGGCGGUGAGUCUGAUCAACAACCUGCUCCAGGUUGCAGUAAGACGUAGGUUCAGUGUGGGAAAAGCAAUGGGACACCCCUGGCUACAGGACUUCCAGUUGUGGUGUGACCUGAGGGAGUUUGAGAAGAGGAUGGGCUGCAGGUACCUGACCCACGAGGGGGACGAGGACCGCUGGAGAUGCCACGCCCUGGAGAGGGGCCUGGUCUUCCCCUCUCACCUCACCUGGACCCCCGGGCACGACGACAGCCUGUGACCCUAGGCCCAAAGGUGAAGGGUCGGACAAGAUGGCUACUGGACUACUGGUGUGUUUCAGUGGUCAUCAGCAAAAACAACUGUCUGGACGCUGUUAGUGGAAGGUGGAGUGGUGAGUCUGUUUUUAUAGCAGUCUCAUAUAAAGACAUCACCAGAAGAGAUUACGACUCCGAAUUCGGACGCGGUGACAAGUCCUGGACUUUAUGGUGCCCUAGUGAUGCCAGCUCUGGUAGUGGUUAUUGUUUAAUGCAUAAUAAUAUUAGGACUAAUGUUUCAGGCCCUCUGUGCCCCAGAGUAGGAGUUUACCUGGAUCACAAGGCAGGUACUCUGUCCUUCUACAAAAUGUAUCCUUCUCUUACACUAUGACCCUCCUCCACAGAGUCCAGACCACAUUCACUCAGCCCCUCUAUCCUGAGUUUGGGCGGUAUUGGUACGGUACUGCAGAGAUAUGUAAACUGUGGUAGAGGUGAUGGUCUACAUACUCUAUAUAUACAAAAGUAUGUGGACACCCCUUCAAAUUAGUGGAUUCGGCUAUUUCAGCCACACCCGUUGCU